UCGUUCCAAUCGGCCGACAACCUUGGACGAGCGAGGAGGAGGUGUCCUUGACGAAGGCGUAUUUGCACAUCUCGGAGAGUAGGAAACAUGGGAACGAGCAACGAAAGGAUGCGUUUUGGAGACGGGUCAUUAAUCAUUUUAGGCAACUUCCCGGUGCAAGGAUACGAAACAUGGACCAAAUGACGUCGAAGUGGACGGAUUUGAACGGGAAAAUUAGCAAGUUCAACGCUUGUUUCAUUCAAAAGAACCGAAACCCACAAAGUGGAGCGAGCGAGGCGACGAUCAUGCAACAAGCCACCGCAGAGUAUUGCCGAGUGUACAAAAAGAGAACUUUUCCACACGUGGGGGCAUGGGAAGUUGCGAGACAUCACCCGAAGUGGGUCCCCGUUGAGUUGGUUGACAUGCAUGGUCCUACGGCUCCAAAAAAACGAGGCGGUUCGAAAAGAUCAAAGACAUCCGAGUCGGGGAACUACACGACUUCCGCGUCGGAUAACUUGCCCCAAAUGAACUUAAACGACGACCCUCUUGACGAACCCGAUCAACCCCUUGACGAGCCCGUUGAGGAAGAUACACCCACAAGGCCACGACGCAGACGAGGUGGUGAAUCGUCAAGCAAAGGGAAGGAGGCGGUGGCGGAGUCGAUCUUUAGAAUCGAAGAGGAGAAAAUGACCCAAUUCAAGAAGGCCGAACAAAGAAAAGAAACAAUGAUGUCCCUAAAAGUUGAACGGGAGCAGGCGUACAAGGAACACUUGAAAACGAUUGAAAGACAAAAUGAUUUAAAAAUCUUGUGUGAAAACCACGCCCAUCUCGACGAAACGUUCAAGUCAAUUGUCAUUCAACAAAAGCGCGCGAUUUGCGCAAAGUGGGGUUGGGAGUUGCCACCCGUUUAGUUUUUUUUUUAUUUGGUUAUGUAAUUUAUUUUUAAAGUUUAAUGAAAUUUAUAAUUUA